UGUGUGCGCACGAGCAGUCAGCCGGGCAGUGGGUCUUGACAAACGGGGAGUGUCGUUUUCUCAGCAAUUCGUGUCUGGUUUUUGUGGCAGAAAAAAUGCCUGUGGAAUGCGAAAUGGUGGCAAAGUGCAUGUGAAUUGUCCAGUCAGUGUGUCAGUGCAUCGAUUGGGAUAGUUGGUGCUUGUGGGGAGCCCCAGGGAGAAUCGCAGCAGCCAAGGACACCUCGCGAGUCUGUCCACACCCAGCGAGGGGGCGCGCCGAUGGUGUGUCCGGAAAGAUGAAUUCGGUGCUGUCCGCGUUCAAGAGUGGCGGCAAAUGUGACCAGACCCGCGCGAAACCACCCACAAAGAAGAGAGACAGCGACUACGAGAGCCUGAGGCGCAUCCGAGAGAUCAGCGCCAGUAGCAAGAUGAGCAAUCUCAUGCCGGACGACGAGGUGGACGCCGCUGUGGUGUUUCCGGUCGCUCGACCGCCCCAACCCGUGUCCAUGGGGCGCUCCAGCACAGCCUCGGCGGACGGAAGUGACGCCAAGGCGGCCAGGAGGGACGUAUUCUCUUUGCCUGCUGUGCACGGCAAGAAGGCGACCGAGACUGGCGGCAGGACGCGGAUGUCGACACACCAAAGAAACCUCAGUCUCGACUUCAGGUCCAUGGGAAUCCUCUUGCCGCCCGUGUCGCAAGUCACCAAGUCCAACGGCAGGAAGAUUGUCACGCAGCAUCACCGCAACAGGAGUCUGGACAGUGUUCUCCAGCGAAUUCCAGAGGUCGAAGUUUCCUCGCCAAGUGCAGAAUCUGAGAAUAUUCUCUGUGCACAUGCAAUGCUGAGUGCAGCCAAACCGUCGACAGUGGGAAAGGAAGCUGAGGAUGCGGAGGAUGCCGGCCAGAAGCAACUCACGGUGACAGCCGCGAGCACAGUGAAAGGGAGUGGCGAGAGUCAGAAGAAGAAGGAUGAUCUGACGAGUCUGGGGUCGGAUGAUUCGGGAAUUAUCUGUGGAUCAGAGCCUGAUCAGACGCCACUGAGCAAGGCAGCGCGGCAGAGCCACGAGAGUCUCGAUUCAGGUGGCGUUCCCGAUGCUGCAGAGCUCGUGGAUGAGAAUGCCAAGAGUCCAGCAACACCUCCGGCCGAACCGCAGCGCAGCAGUGGGAGGAAUUAUCUCAUAAAUACUCUGACGAGGAAGGGUGACGGACAGAAGCAUCAGAUGAAGAGUGUCGCCGUGGCGAUUGAUCUCGAUUCAGCGCCCACGGAUGUCGAUGAGGUGGACAGCAAGACGGAGUGCAAAUCCCCGGGCGACAAUCUCAAGAAUGAGCUGAUCUUUAAGAGCUUCUUCGGUGCCACGCGCAAUGUAAUUUUCAGGACGGCACAGAGUAUCAUUGACAAUCACGAGAAGAAGAACAAGGAGGAUCAGCCGAAGGCUCGAAAGGAUUUCCUUCUCCUCAAAUCCGCGUCCAGCCGCAAGAAGGCCACCACAUCGCCUGAGUGUCUGUCACCAGAGGUGGAGGAGAAAUCUCAGCACAACUCCAUCUUCUCGCUGCGGCCCAAGAGCAAGGGCAAAGUGCCCGGUGUGGCGCAGUGUUAUGUGCACGAGGAGAGAAGGGAGGCUGGCCAGUGUGUGGCCGGCAGCUCGGGGAAGAAAGUCGGCCACAACGGGUUGCUGCGCUUCUUCGAGUCUCCUGUCUUCAAUAUUCAUUUUGCCGUGCACUAUCUGUUCUAUUCCAAAGAGCCAGGCGUGUUGAGCUUCAUCGGGAACAAAAUAUUCAGCUUCAACGACACUGAGGUUGACCUGUACAUUCCACAAUUGAUCUUGAUGUACAUCCAAAUAGACGAGCUGGCUGAAGUUCUCGAUCCCUAUUUGGUGUACCGAUGUCGCAAGAGUGCAGAUUUCUCCAUUAAGUGUUCAUGGCUACUAGAGGCGUACAACUACAAUGUGGACACGGCGAAUGGGAGUGGAGCGAAUUCGACCAAGUUGUCGCAGUUGUUCCUGCUGAAGGAGUUGUAUCCGAAGAAAGAGAGGCGACAGAGGCGAUUCGAUGUUCAUGAGGUGGUGUAUGAUGAGGAGAUUUUGUCACCGACGAAGAAGACACACCACAGAUCGCAAUCCGACGCCACUGGGUUGAUUCAUGAUAGUCGCAAGCGCGCCCCACUCACUGUUGCGAACUUCUCGCUGUCACACCUGUCGUUGGGUGAUCUGACCACGGGCAGAGCGUUCGACAAUGGGUGUAUCUGCUUCGAGAGCGUCCGCGGUACAGUGAACAAUUUGCGUGGGCACAAGACGCUGUGUGUGUGUGGGGCGCCAAAGCUCCUGGCUCAGCGCGAAUUCAUGAAGACACUCAUUGAGAUUGGGCGGCAAUUGACGAGUCUACCCACGAAGAGUGAAAAGACGACGCAAUUGAGAAUGUCACUAAAUUCAGUGAAUAAGAAUCUUCCAGCACGCGUUUGGCUUCCACUGCACACGGAGAUUCCGCAUCAUGUGGUGAGGAUCACGGAGGACAAGACUGCUGUGCUCAAUUCCAAAGACAAAACACCCUACAUUAUUUAUGUGGAGGUAAUGGAAGUCGAUGACAUCUACACAUGCCCAGUGAUACCAAAGAUGAUGCCAACUCUGCGCCAUACGAGAAGUGUUGAACACUUGGAAUCUGCCGGUAAUCAUGUGUCUGGUGACACUGUGAGUUCAACGAAUCCCAAACUGCAGGUGCCACUGCGAGUGAGGACAGUGCAUCAACUCUCGCUCUCCAACUCCUCAGACGCGGGCGGUGGUGAGAAGGUGUCGGAAUCCACGGCUUCCUCUUCGACAGAUGUGGCGGACUCAGGACUGGUGGCCACAGCCACAGAUCUGGGGAGCAUUGAGAAGAUUGAGAUAACGGAGGAUGAUGUGUGGUCACAGGAGGAUGAUGAGAUAACAGCGCAGUAUUUGAACUUGCACAAGCUCAGCGAGAGAGAUACACUGUCGCAAAUGUCUCUCGAAUCGUGUGACUCAAGGGAGCAGAGUGUUCCAGCUCUGUUCAACAUCGGUGACGUCCGGACGCGACACUGUGCCAAUUUGAAUAAUGAGAAUGCCAAACCGUUCAGUAAUGAUCCUGAAGAUCCCUCGGCAGCUGCUCUCAAGGAACCUUGGCAUGAGAAGGAGAAGUUAAUCAGGGAGACCUCACCUUAUGGUCAUCUCUCAAAUUGGCGCCUCUUGUCUGCCAUUGUGAAGUGUGGCGAUGAUCUACGACAGGAGUUGAUGGCCACACAAUUGCUUCAGAUGUUCAAACUGAUUUGGCAAGAGGAGGAGGUGGACAUGUGGGUGCGUCCAUACAAAAUUGUCUGUCUCUCCAAUGAUUCGGGCCUGAUUGAGCCAAUUCCCAAUACGGUGUCUCUCCAUCAAAUUAAGAAGAAUUCCAACAAGAGUCUUCGGGACUACUUCAUCGAUGAACACGGUGAGCCUGAGGAGGCGCGAUUCAAGCGAGCACAGAGGAAUUUCAUGCAAUCCUGCGCUGCUUAUUGCUUAAUAUCCUACUUGCUGCAGGUCAAGGAUCGGCACAAUGGCAAUAUUCUCCUCCAUUCGGAUGGUCAUCUUAUUCAUAUCGAUUUUGGGUUUAUUUUGAACAUUUCGCCCAAAAAUCUGGGCUUUGAGCAGUCACCAUUCAAGAUGACACCAGAAUUUGUGGAUGUCAUGGGCGGCGCUUCAUCAGCUUUGUGGCAGGAGUUCAAACAUUUACUCCUCAAAGGCUUGCUGGCGGCGCGAAAACACCAAGAUCGAAUUAUCAAUAUUGUUGAGAUUAUGAGGAGCUGCUCUCAGCUUCCGUGUUUCAAGAAUGGCUGCUCGGGAACUGUUCGAAAUCUGCGGAAUCGCUUUCACAUGAGUCUGACAGAGCAAGAACUGGAUCGAAAGGUAGAUCAAUUGAUUCAGGAUUCUCUCAAUUCUCUGUCGACAAAACUGUACGAUGGGUAUCAGUAUCUAACUAAUGGGAUAUUGUGAGAACGAUUUUAUAUGAAAAUCUAAGAAGAGAAGGAGGAAAGAUAAAAAAAAUGCAAAUUUCACAAUACUAAAAUCGACUUAGAAUUAGUUUAUUUCUCUCUUUACAAAAUACUAUUAAAGUAAAGAAAAAAUAUUACAAAAAGAAGGAGAUUCAAGAGCGUGAAAAAAUCGUAAGUGUGCGUGUGUCAUUGAGAUGAAUUAUGAGGAGAGAGAGUUAUGAAAACUAUUAUAAAUAUUACGUCCAUUUUUUCUAUAUAUAUAUAUUAAAGAAAAAACCAUUUAAUCUAUACAAAAUCAUAUUAGAGGUGUAUCGAUAAAUAUGAGAGCAUUUUGAAAGAUAAUUUUCAUGCUACCACUGAUGAAAUCCACUAAAGAUAUUACUAUACAUUUUAUGUGACCACAAGAAAUAGAAAAAAAAAGUCGGUAAAUGAUUAAGUAUAAUUCCUAGAUAUUAAGUGCUGAUAAUCAAAUCAUACAAUUUACUGAUAGAACUAAUUGAUUAGUUGUAAAAUCUGUAUAUUCGUUGAUGGAAAACUGCAAAGUUGUGGAAAAAAUGCAAAAUAAGUUUUAAGGCUAAGGCAAGAAAUUGCGCGAAAAGUGAAUUGGAUUAUUUAUUCUAUAAUGAAAAGAUAAAAUGUUCUCUUUUUUACAUAAACAGGCAUAUAAACUAGAUAUUUGUAUGAUGUACCUCCUUAUAUACCUUAAAAAGCAAAAAAAAAACAGAAAAGUGAAAUGAAACAUAGAGACAGAAAGGAGAUCACUUGUCGAACUGAUGGUAGAGAGAAAGUUCAUAAAUUAAUCACGAAUGAGGAAAAAGAAGCAAAAGAAAACAUAAAAUCAUACUUAUAUAGAUUUGUGUGGUAAAUUUAAGAGAUCAAGUGUUUUUUUUUUCUUAUUCAUUUUCUCAAAAAUGAUUGGACAAGAGUUUUUACAUUGUCGCGAAAGUGCGCGAUAGAGAUUGUGAAGCGAUAAGGAGAGUCUGUAUAAUCUUGUUGGAAUGAUAAUGACGAAAGAGAGCAACAAUUAGCUAAUGUCGCGUUUGUUAAUCAAAUUUAUUAUAUAAAAAGAAAAAUUGCAAAAGAAAUUUUACAUAAUUGCUAUUGUGAAAGUGAAUUGGAAGAUAUGAGAUUAAUUGGAAAACAAAGAAAACAUUCUGAGCACCACCGAUUUUAAUUCUGUGUGCUGUCCCUUUUUUGUAAAUUCUUUCUUCAUAUGGCAAAAAGAAGUCUUAGGAAUAAUUUCUCAGCAAUACUAAAUUGUCGAUUUAACACUUUCUUUUCUAACUCUACUUUAAUUCUACUUGUAAUUGACGGCAAAGUGCGGAAAACUGACGAUAGAUUUUUCUCAAUAAAAUCUUAUUUUAUAUCAUGUAA